AUGGAUGUGGACGUGGACAUGGACGUGGACGUGGACGUGGACGUGGACGUGGACGUGGACGUGGACGUAGACGUAGACGUGGACGUGGACGUGGACAUGGACAUGGACGUGGAUGUGGACGUGGACGUAGACGUGGACGUGGACGUGGACGUGGAAGUGGACGUGGACGUGGACGUGGACGUGGACGUGGACGUGGAGGACUUGGACGUGGAUGUGGACGUGGAUGUGGACGUGGACGUGGACGACUUGGACGUGGACAUGGACGAGGACAUAGACGUAGACAUGGACGUAGACAUGGACGUAGACGUGGACGUGGACGUAGACGUGGACAUGGACGUGGACGUGGACGUGGACGUAUACGUGGACGUGGACGUGGUCGUGGACGUGGACGUGGACGUGGACGUGGACAUGAAGGUGGACGUGGACGUGGACAUGGACGCGGACGUGGAUGUGGACGUGGACAUGGACGUGGACGUGGACGUGGACAUGGUCCUGGACGUGGACAUGGACGUGGACGUGGACAUGGACGUGGACGUGGACGUGGACGUGGACGUGGACGUGGACAUGGACAUGGACGUGGACGUGGCGUGGACGUGGACAUGGAUGAACAUGGACGUGGACGUAGACGUGGACGUGGACAUGGACGUGGGCGUAGACGUGGACGUGGACGUGGACAUGGACGUGGACAUGGACGUGGACGUGGACGAAGACGUGGUCGUGGACGUGGACGUGAACGUGGACGUGGACGCGGACAUGGACGUGGACGUGAACGUGGACGUGGACGCGGACAUGGACAUGGACGUGGACGUGGACGUGGACAUGGUCGUGGACAUGGACGUGAACGCGGACAUGGACGUGGACGUGGAUAUGGACGUGGACGAGGUCGUGGACUUGGACGUGGACGUGGACGUGGACAUGGUCGUGGACGUGGACGUGGACGUGGACAUGGACGUGGACGUGGACGUGGACGUGGACGUGGACGUGGACAUGGACGUGGACGUGGACGUGGACGUGGACGUGGACAUGGUCGUGGACGUGGACAUGGACGUGGACGUGGACGUGGACGUGGACGUGGACGUGGACAUGGACGUGGACGUGGACGUGACGUGGAUGUGGACAUGGACGUGGACGUGGACGUAG